AUGGUCAACCGCCCUCCACCUAUUCUCUGCGCCUUGGCUGCGAGCUGGAAUUGCCAGGAGACAUCAGGUAACCCGCUCGAUCUCCUGAGAUAUACCGGAUAUAUAUCGCCCUCUCGCGAGGUCGAGGAGUCGCAGUACCCGCUUUUAUACCAUGCAAAGGUCCUGCUCCGUGAAACCGCAUUCUACUGCCUUUUCCACCCCAAGCCCGUCCUUCAGCUGGAUCCAAGCUUCGGAUAUCAGCCUCCGUCAGACCGCCUGGACUUUACCGGAGAGCAUAGCCGGCUUGUCGAACAGGCCAUGGUGGCAUUCUUGCAGUCUUUUGAGACCAUAUCUCUGAGAAGUUCCCCUCUCCCAUCGAAGGAAUGGCUGGCCGUUUUUUACUCUUUGUGUAUCUUCAGCAUAAUUCGCACCUUGCUCAUGGACCUCGCCUCAAUUUCCUUGCUUCCUUAUCCCGCAUUUCGACAUCAAAGUCCACUCAGAGACAGCCCUCAAAACACCAUAGACGGCGUAUACAAGGCCUUGGUCCAUUUGUUCAUCACGAGUGGGCCGAUGUUGACGGACGGCUCCCCCAGCGAUGUCCCACAGGAGGAUGUUCCCGUAUAUGAGCUCACGCGCCGCAUCAUGCGCAUGGAUACGUGGCAGUCCCGAAACAUUCGCUCCAGCGCAGAUUUCCUCAUGAGUCUAGGAAGUGGAACUAAAGAUAUGUUCGGAUUCAACGGCUUCAUCCGUCCCGGACGGCCACACGUUGCCCCCAUCCAUGAUACUCACCUGUCAACUCCCCAGUCCAUCUCGGCGCGUGAGCCGCGGUGGUCAUCCGUGGGGAGCUCUGCAUUCCCUCCCGCACCCUCCCACAGAGAAAUACUACUUGGACCGCGCCCGGAGGCGUUGGAUGACGCAAACAUCAGUCGUGGGGGGGGUUCGUCUUCCUUGAGCCAGCCGGUCCUAGAACAUGUCGGACGUGCCAGGAGGCACACGGUUGCAGGGGAGACCACGAACACAUCGAGCCCGAUCUUCGGAAACCACUUGACCCCCAUGAGAUUCAAGCCUGCCUACCAAAGACCACCCCUACGGCGCGUGUUUUGCCGCAAGUGUAAUGAAUAUCCCGAAGGGUUUCGCGGCGAGCACGAACUGAGACGGCAUACAGAUGCUAAACACGCCGCGCUCGUAAAACGAUGGGUUUGUUGUGAGCCUGAAGGACAAGGCCCAGCGUCCCCGCAACCUGCCAUUCCCCUUUCGAGCUGCAAGGCUUGCGUUAUGCAGAAGCACUAUGGCGCCUAUUAUAAUGCAGCGGCUCAUCUUCGUCGAGCUCACUUCAACCCCCACCGCGGAGGCAAGGCCAGCGGGGAUUGGCCGCCCAUGUCCUUGCUGAAAGACUGGAUGCGCGAAGUCAGGCAAUCUGUGGCGGAGGUGGGCGGCGAUGUGGACAAUGACAUGUCGAGCGACGGCGAAGAGGAAGAAGACGUGAAGCAUCCUACCAGAACGAUACCUCUGGCGGCUAUACCGCCGGCACCUGUGAUGGAGCUACCGCCGCCCAUCCCAAUCGUCAGCUCACACUUGUCAGUAUCAUCUGUCAGCUCCAUGACGGUAUCUCCGAGCAUCAUGGAAGAUCAGGUGCCGUGGGAAAUGAUCUCGAGGAGCCCGGCCGGCCGGUUAGCGCCGCCGCCGCCGCCUCCUCCGCUGUCACUGCCGCCACCAUCGUCCCAGCCGCCGAUCCCACACCACCUAUCGAGACCUAUACCGACACCGCCAGCACCCGAGAACCGUAGCAGGUGCCCGUUUCCCGAUUGCGGGCGCGUGUUCAAAGACCUGGCAGCUCAUAUGCUCACGCACCAGGAGGAGAGGCCUGAGAAGUGUCCCAUUGAAUCGUGCGAAUAUCACACCAAGGGCUUUGCUCGCAAGUACGACAAAAACCGACACGCGCUUACACAUUACCGAGGAACCAUGGUUUGCCCAUUUUGCCCCGGGGUCGGCUCAGCCUAUGCAAAAGCAUUCAACCGAGCCGAUGUGUUUAAGCGCCACCUUGCUGCAGCCCAUCAGGUCGAACAGGCGCCUCUGCAUAGCCAUACGACCAACAGAGGUGGCCGGCUUAUCACGCUGUCUGCUAAUUCAGGGGCCAGCGCCAUCUGUUCCAUUUGCAACAACCGCUUUGCCGCACCGCAGGACUUUUAUGAGCACCUGGACGACUGCGUGCUGAGCGUCAUCGUUCCGGCGGGUACCCGAGCGGCCAUGGAAACGAAUAACGAUGCUAACGACGAAGAUAAAAAGCCAAUAAGAGGAGGAUCUGCUGGGGCCGGCGCCGGAGCCGGAGCCGGGGUCGGGGCCGGGCCUGGUACAACCGGAGAGCGGACAGCUGGGAAUGGAAAUGGAAAUGGGAACGGGAACGGGAAUGGGAAUGGGUCAGGAACCAUUGACGGUACACAGGGAAUGAUUUACAUAAGAAGAGCGAAAAAGUCUGCCCGGAUGGAAUAA